AUGGGCAAGGACUUUGGCUUCCUUUGUGGUGGGGCAGGGGUCAAGGAGUGUCCUUUACAGGCUCAGCCUUCUGUGUUCACUGAGCAGGAUUAUGAGACUGGCCUUAGGUGGGCCCUAACCUUCAGACUCUUGACAGCUCUGGGCUGGACUCACCUGGAGCCCGACCUAUCGGCUCGCGUCUCCGCCUCCUUGGCUUCACAGUCCUGCAGCCUGUCCCACCCUAGCCGGGCCCAGUAUUCGGCCGCCAGCGGGACCUGCGAGGCUGUGGAGGACGCCAUGGCAGAGGUCCUGGUCCUGGCCGGAUACCGCGCGCAGAAGGACGACGAGCUGAGUCUGGCACCCGGGGACGUGGUCCGGCAGGUGCGCGAGGGGUCCGCCCGGGGCUGGCUGCGCGGAGAGCUGGCGGGCCAUUACGGCCUCUUCCCCGAGCGGCUGGUGCAGGAGAUCCCAGAGUCCCUACGGGGCGCCGGGGAGGCGCGGAGACCGCGCUGCGCGCGUCGCCGAGGCCAUCCCGCCAAAUCUCGGGGCCCCCAAAGAUGGUGCAAAGUGAACUUCAAUUACAACCCGGAGCAGGCGGACGAGCUGAAGCUGCAAGCUGGGGAGAUUGUGGAAGUGAUAAAGGAGAUUGAGGACGGCUGGUGGCUGGGGAAGAAGAACGGGCAGCUGGGAGCCUUCCCAUCCAACUUUGUGGAGUUGCUGGACAGUGGGCCCCCAAGCCUUGGUAACCAAGACAUGCCUUCAGUCAGUCCUGAUCCCCAGCGGCCUCCCAAGCUGAGCAGCUUGUCCUAUGACAGCCCUCCAAACUACCUGCAGACAGUCUCCCACCCUGAGACCUACAGGGUCCUGUUUGACUACCAGCCCGAGGCCCCAGAUGAGUUGGCGCUGCGGAAGGGGGAUGUGGUGAAAGUACUGAGGAAGACCACAGAGGAUAAGGGCUGGUGGGAAGGAGAGUGUCAAGGCAGAAGAGGAGUUUUUCCAGACAACUUUGUUCUUCCACCACCCCCAGUCAAGAAGCUGGUCCCACGGAAAGGGGUAUCUCAGGAAUCAGCUCCUAUUAAGGAAUCAAAAAAGUGGAUGCCCAAAACAUCCCUCUCUACAGUCAAGAAGCCAGUGACAACCCCCACUGGGCCCAGCAAAGCCAAGACAUCUUGGACACCCAGCAGGGAUGGUCAGAAGCGCCUGUCCCGAGACUCAGGCACCAAUGGCAGCUUCCUCAGUGGGGUUCCGGGCCACGCUGGCAGAAAGCGAUCCAAAACCCAGGCUCCCCGGCAACAACGCUCUGCACCCAGUCAGGAGGAAGAGCACAGUAGCCCGGCAAAGACCCCUUCUGUGAAUAGAACCCCCACUCUGGACAAGACCACCACCUCAGAGAAGACCCUGUCUCCAGACAAGGCUUCCAGCCCAGAGAAGAUCCUGGCUCCUGACAAAGUACCCACCCCAGAGAAAAUCCCGGCUGUGGAGGACAAGGCCCCCUCCCCAGAGAACCCCACCCCAGAGAAGAUCCUGACUCCUGACAAAGUGCUCACUCUAGAGAAGACCCCGACUCUGGACAAGGCCUCCACUCCAGAGAGGGUCUUUUCUGUGGAUGAGGCCCCCGCCCCAGAAGUACCACCUAAGGAUGAAGCCCCUGAGUCAAAGGUGCCCCCCCCAGAGGAUGAGGCCCCCACCCUAGAACAGGUCUUGUUCCUGUACCAGGUGCUUUCUGAAGAGGUCUGCACCGGAGACAACAUUCAAUUCUAUCACUUUUCUCUGGAGGAAACCCUGCAGGAGGCCAAGUCCCUUGUGGCCAAUGAGGCCCAGUCCCAAGAGGAGGCCCACAUGCCAGAGGAACCCCCACUCCAGCCUGACUCCUCAGAGAUAUGCCUCUGUAUGAUGAAACACCCCCUAGUUAAGAGAGACAGCUCCCCAUUCCAGUGUGGGUCUGCACCAGGAUCCAUGCCUAUCCUUGAGAAGGCUUACCCUCAGGAAGAAGAGGUGACCCCCAAAGAGGAGGCACCCCCCAAAGAGGAGGUGGCUCCCAAAGCAGAGGUGCCCCCCAAAGAGGAGGCACCCCCUGAAGAGGAGGUGGCUCCCAAAGCAGAGGUGCCCCCCAAAGAGGAGGUGGCUCCCAAAGCAGAGGUGACCCCCAAAGAGGAGGUGGCUCCCAAAGCAGAGGUGACCCCCAAAGAAGAGGCGCUCCCCAAAGAAGUAGCUCCUGCCCCCCAAAUCUCAGAUCUUAUCAAGCAGAUCCCAGAUCCCCAAGAGACUCCCAGCCUCCAUUCUCUGGUCCUGCAAAAUUCCACGGAAAGCAGGGACAGCAGAGUGGACAUAAUGACGCUGAAGGACGAGGUGGAGUCUCUUAGGAGGGCGCUGGAGCUGAUAGGGGAACAGCUGGAGAGGAAGCUGACCGACAUCUGGGAGGAGCUGAAGAGGGAGAGGGAGAAGCGUCUCUUGCUGGAGGUGCAGAUGAUGCAAAGGACCCCGAAAUCCCCGACCCGGGGCUCCAUCCACGCGCAGACGCAGACGAACUGAAGGCGGGCCUGAGAGGGACCGCGGCCCGACCCCGGGGGGACGUCUGGCUCGGGCCACCCAGGUCCUUGCACACGACUUUGGGAAACGCAAGAAAGUAAACUCUGCCUCGUCAUCGCCA